CUCAUGUCGUUACUCUACCAUUUUACUUUCUCUCUCUACUCUCAAUCCGUCAUUUCGUAAGUUCCCAGCUCGGCUUCCUUCUUGCCUUUACUAUGUCUGGUAAACCUGGACCCUCGGCUUCCUCAAAGCCCGAGGCCAUAGAGCUCACCCAAAGUACCCGGGGUAGCUCGGCUUCCACACUCGUUCGUCCUGAUGACCAGGCGGAUGAUGGGUGUUUCUCCGGAGACGACUUGGAGUUCCACGAGCGGGGGAUGCCCAGUAGGCCUCCUCGCUACUCCCUUCACUUAAAUAUGUUCCCACAGACGGCGCCAAUGUUGUGGUUUAUUCCUUCAAGCCGAAGGCCCAACACGCUUCCCUUGGAUUUCAAGUUUAGAGUCUAAUGAGUGUAUGAUGAUAGCAAGUAAGAUGGGUCAAUAACAAGAGUAUUAAGUGGGUCGUAUCUUAUUAAAUGAUAAUAAAGGUCCGCAUAUAAUGCACGUCAACUACUAGCCACGAGGCCGUUCGUCUAUCUCUGUACUAAGAGCUAAGAUAAUUGCUAUUUGCUAUGGAGAAUAAGUUGUCAACCCCUUACAAUGAAAUAAAUGCUGCUAUUUAUACUAUCAAGAGAUAAGUGAUGUUGACGAGGUGGAUGAUUGUGAGUGGUUACCUUCUCAACCAUCAAAUCUACUACAUUAAAUGCGCUUCCCGUCAGUAUCUUGGUUUCCCGCUAAGAGCCCCGGACGAGUGUCCUCUUAGCUAACUUAGACCCUGGAUCCUAGUGACUGCAAGGGUCGGAAUUCACUCGGCUUCUUCAGGUUGCCUGACUGAAGGUCCUGGAAUGAUGCUUGGCCCUUGUUGGACCAAGGCCACUACGGACGAGCAUCUCGAUGGAUAUGACGAUCGUCCAACACGCAACUUGGUGGACCUGUCGACUGGGCUCGUGGUUUAUCUGAUGAAGGGUAAUGGGUCGAUCAUAGUUGGGCCUAUUAACCUAACAGUUAGCUUUGAAGUUUUUUACUACUAGUACUUCAGUUCAAU